AGUAGCCACUAGCAAAACAUUUCCCAACACACAGCACGGGAACGGUCUUCCACCACCGCUAAACCCUCUCGAAAGAAUCCCCAAAUCUCGCACACCCCGAAGCCUUCAAGGCCCGAAACCCUAGCUUCUCGGCCUCCCCAGCGCCACCCCCAAUGGCUCCAGGACUCCGCCGCUUUACCGACAUUGCCGGCGACGGCGCGCCUCGGCUCGACGCUGCAUCCGGCGAGGAGCUGGUCCGCGUGGAUCGCUCAGCCUCUGUCGCCCUCGGUCGCCGCCCGCCGGAGCCCCCGGGGACCCUCUUCGUCACCACCAGGAGGGUGAUUUGGCUAAGCGAGACGGAGAAGGGCAACGGCUGCGCGGUGGACUUCCUCGCCAUCUCACUCCACGCCGUGUCGCGCGACCUGGAGGCGUACCCCUCGCCCUGCAUCUACACGCAGAUUGAGGCAGAAGUUGGCACUGAUGAGGUGGCUGGUGAUUUGGAUCCUGAAGCAAAUAGUGAAUUAGAGUUAUCAAGAGUCUCUGAAAUGCGCAUCAUACUGGCUGACCCUGGCCAAUUGGAUGCACUCUUUGAUAUUUUCUGCAACUGUGCUGAACUAAAUCCUGAUCCUAAUGCUGAGCGCAAUGGGGAGAAUGGUUGGUUCCACAGUGAUGAUAUGGCUGAUGGUGGUUGGGUUCAUGGCGAUGAAGACAUGGUUGAUGAGAAUGGCCCUGAGCCCCCAUUCAUCAGUAUUGACCCGAUUGGUCAAAAUGGUGGAUAUGACCUCAAUCGUUCAGUACUUGAGCUUCAUAUCAAUGACCAGCGUUUUGAAGAUGCAGAGGAAGAGAAGGAGAGCAGUGAAAAUGGACAUUAGGAAGGCACCAUGUGGCUUGUUUUGUUGUAGAUCACUACCGAUGCAGCUUGGUUUGCCUCAUACUGUUUCGUCCUCGUUCUCUUUCAUUUUCCAUUCUGGAUGUUAUAGGAUUAACAUCUCUGGGCGACUUUGUAGAGUUGCAUCGAUGGUUGCUUUUGGUGAGAAGAAGGUCUUGCUGCUGGUCAAGAAUGUAACUUGUAGAGCAUGAUGAAGAAUCAAGUGAAAGUAGUUCAGUACUUUUGAUCUAACAAGUAGAAGGUGAAAUGGGGAAACGAAAUAUAUUAUCUUUCCCCUUGUAUGUUAUGGUACAAUUAUGUUACUCCUAUUUAGAAUCACUGGUUUAAAAGUCAAAUUGGGUGGAAAUAGGACGCAUUUUGCGUGUUGCCUGGA